GUCGCCAGGCAGAUCAACAUAGCCCAGUACCAGCACAUGCUCUACAACGAGUUCGUCCCGACGCUGAUCGGCUACUGGAAGGCCAAGGAGUACGGCUUGCUGCCCCAGAAGAACGGGUACUCGGAUCGCUACGACAGCCGCGUGAACCCCGGCGUCCUGAACGAGUUCGCGACGGCCGCCUUCCGCCUCGGCCACACCAUGAUCCCCGACGACUUCCGGAUGCUGGACAAGGACUACGCGCCCGUCUCCUCCUUCCCGCUCGUCGAGACCUUCCACAACACGAGCAUGGUGUUUCGAUGGAGUCCGGCGACUACCUGGUUCGCGGGAUGGUAGGAACCAGGUUGAAGCCGAUCGACCUGAAGCUCGUGGACAUCACCCUCGACAGACUCUUCGAGAAAUUAGGAGUUCCUCAUUCGGGCGAAGAUCUGUUUGCUAGGAACGUAGCGAGAGGCAGAGACCACGGCAUUGCAUCAUACACCACAUAUCGACAGUUCUGCGGUCUGGGACAAGCCGCGAACUUUGACGACCUGAGAAACGCCAUGCCCGACGAAGCUAUAGAGAGCUUUCGGCAGGUC